AUGGAUUUUAAACUUGGAGUACUUCUGAUCAUCGGCACACAGAUUUGUACAGCACUGACACUCCCGUCAUGUGUUUGCACGAGAAACUACAAUCCAGUGUGUGGCUCUGAUGGGGUAGAGUACAGCAAUGAGUGUCUGCUCGAUUGCGCUGCCAAUGACUCAGGCACAGAUAUCAAGGUAGCUAAAUUAGGUCCCUGUCAGGAAUCCUUGCCCAAAGUGGCUUUGCCCGAAGCCUGUAUAUGUCCUAACAUGUACGCGCCAGUUUGCGGUAGUGAUGGCAAAACGUACUCCAAUGAGUGUGACUUAAAUUGCCGAAAAUCAAGAUUUGACCCGUCGCUGAAAGUAGAGCAUUCGAGUCCAUGCAAUAUUGCUGCAGAACAUGUGCUUAUGUGCCGAGCAAUUUACGUCCCAGUGUGUGGUAGUGACGGUAAAACGUACGUGAACAGCUGCGCUCUACGUGUUGCCAUGCCGCAUAUUUCAGGGUUAAGUGUCGCUCACGAUGGACCUUGUGUAGACACCGUGACAAUGAAGCAUUUACAAAUGUAA